AGAGCUUCGGACCCGAAACGUAUUCACUUGCAACUGUCGAUCACCGUUGUAUCUACGCCGGUAUUAUUCGUCCGUGUUACUUGAAAGAGUCGAGUGAAAUAAAAAUAUCAAAAUGAACUCUUUGGGUUUCAUCGCUCUGAUCACUUUGUCGGUGGUGCUGUCCACCUCGGCCUACUACUACAGAGUCAUUUCACCGAUCACUCUGUGCAUGAAGAGCGACUACUCGUGGUGCACCAACGUGACUUAUCCAAACAGUUGCGUCAACAUGGACACGGUGGUCAUGAACAGCACUGGCAUGACCGACAGCUCCGGACACGACGUCUCCAACGGCACGGUGACCGCUUUCCAUACCAUCGAGUCGGUGAUAGUGACCGACGUUGACAGCACCGAGGAAAAGUGCAUCGUGUUCUACGACUCUUACAACUGCCAGGGCGAGAGCCUGGUACUCAACGGCACCAAGCACCCGUCGGCCAACCUCCACGAAUACAAGUUCUCCAACAAGGCAGAGUCCUACAGACAGUGCACCGAUCGAGUGCUCACCUAUCUUCGGGAUAAUUAGGUCAACACGGUAUAACAGCGACGGCGACUCCGGAAAACGCCUUUCCGUGCCUUUUUUUCUUACUCAAGACUAGAGGUACAUUAUAGGCGCACAUUUUUAAGUAUCUAACUAAAUAUCUGUCAUCGGCCAAUCAUCAGAUGUAUUAAAAACUAAUAUUAUCAGCUAUUUCAUUUAUGUUAUAAUAAAAUAAUUUAUAAAUUAUAA